CUGUCGGACAUGAGCUUCGUCCACAGAGACCUGGCCGCUCGCAACAUCCUGGUCAACUCCAACCUGGUCUGUAAGGUGUCAGAUUUUGGUCUCAGCAGGUUCCUGACUGAAAACUCGUCCGACCCGACGUACACCAGCUCUCUGGGAGGGAAGAUUCCUAUUCGAUGGACAGCUCCUGAAGCCAUCGCCUACAGGAAGUUCACAUCUGCCAGUGAUGCGUGGAGUUACGGCAUCGUCAUGUGGGAGGUGAUGUCAUAUGGAGAACGACCAUAUUGGGACAUGAGCAACCAGGAUGUGAUCAACGCCAUUGAGCAGGACUACCGCCUGCCCCCGCCGCCGGAGUGUCCUGCCUCCCUCCAUGCGCUCAUGCUGGACUGCUGGCAGAAGGAACGAGCCAACAGGCCGAGGUUUUGUGAUGUGGUGGCGGCGCUCGAUAGGCUGAUCCGUAACCCCGCCUCCCUGAAGUUGACUCACACGGAGGGCCCGAGUUCGUCCCAGCCUCUGUUGGACCAGCGUAUCCCCCCUUGUCUCUCUGCCUGUGGUUCGGUGUCUGAGUGGCUGCGAGCGAUAAAGAUGGAGAGAUAUGAGCAGAGCUUUGUUCAGGCCGGGUUCAUCAGUCUGGACAUCGUCUCGCAACUCAACACUGA